CUGUGUUUCGUACCCUCCGCCGGCGGGCUGCCUUGUCCCACAAUCCAAGAUGGCGGGGUCCAGGAGCAGGGGUCCCCGAGCUGGGGCCGGGCCGCUUCUCUGCGCGCUGCUGCUAUCUCUGAGCAUUUUCUCCAGCGCCCAAGAAGCGGGCGGGGACCGUGGCGGGGCCGCCGUCGCCACCCCGGCCUCGCCGCCCCAUCGCCGGUUCGAGUACAAGUACAGCUUCAAGGGGCCGCAUCUGGUGCAGAGCGACGGGACCGUGCCCUUCUGGGCCCACGCGGGGAAUGCAAUACCUAGUUCAGACCAGAUUCGAAUAGCUCCAUCUUUGAAAAGCCAGAAAGGAUCGGUCUGGACAAAGACAAAAGCUUCAUUUGAAAACUGGGAGGUUGAGGUGACAUUUCGAGUCGCUGGAAGAGGACGAAUUGGAGCCGAUGGCCUGGCAAUUUGGUAUACUGAAAAUCAAGGCUUGGAAGGUCCUGUGUUUGGAUCAGCUGAUAAUUGGAAUGGUGUUGGAAUUUUCUUCGAUUCUUUUGACAAUGAUGGAAAGAAAAAUAAUCCAGCUGUGGUUAUCAUAGGCAACAAUGGACAAAUACAGUAUGAUCAUCAGAACGAUGGUGCUAAUCAAGCUUUGUCAAGUUGCCUGAGGGACUUUCGUAAUAAGCCAUAUCCUGUUCGGGCAAAGAUUACAUAUUACCAGAAAACUUUGACAGUGAUGAUAAAUAAUGGCUUUACACCAGAUAAAGAUGAUUAUGAAUUUUGUGCUAAAGUGGAAAACAUGGUAAUCCCUGCACAAGGGCAUUUUGGAAUAUCUGCAGCAACAGGUGGUCUUGCAGAUGAUCAUGAUGUCCUUUCUUUUCUGACUUUCCAACUGACUGAGCCUGGAAAAGAAACACCUGCACCUGAUAAAGAAAUUCCUGAAAAGGACAAAGAAAAGUACCAAGAAGAAUUUGAGCAUUUUCAACAAGAACUGGAUAAAAAAAAGGAGGCCUUCCAGAAGGACCACCCUGAUAUUCAAGGGCAGCCAGCUGAAGAAAUUUUUGAGAGCGUAAGCGAUCGUGAGCUAAGACAAAUUUUUGAAGGGCAAAAUCGCAUCCAUCUUGAAAUCAAGCAGCUUAACCGACAAUUAGAUAUGAUCCUCGAUGAACAAAGAAGGUAUGUCUCUGCCUUGACUGAAGAGCUCUCCAAAAGAGGCCAUGGAGGCCCAGCACAGCUUGGACAGGCUUCUCAGCAAGAACUUGAUACUGUGGUGAAAACUCAGCAAGAGGUCCUGAGACAGGUGAAUGAAAUGAAAAAUUCUAUGGGUGAAAUCAGGCUGGUCACUGGAUCCCAGCAUGUGGGCACAGCAGGCAGUGUAUAUGAAACGACCCAGCAUUUCAAUGAUAUCAAAGAACACCUUCAUGUAGUAAAGAGGGAUAUUGAACAUUUAAUACAGCGAAAUGUGCCAUCAAAUGAAAGAGCAAAAUGCCCAGAACUACCACCAUUUCCAUCUUGUUUAUCUACAACACACUUUUUAAUAUUUGUAGCAGUACAGACGAUGUUAUUCAUUGGUUAUAUCAUGUAUAGGACUCAGCAGGAAGCUGCAGCCAAAAAAUUCUUUUGAUCACCAUUUUUGUAUGUACCUGUAUGUAUGCACAGAAUUUUGAUUGUAAAUGAGGGAAUUUUUAUGUGUUUAAAUUGCUUCAGUAGUCUAAAUUAUUAAUUUUUUGUUAAAAUUACCUGUUUAAAUGUUAAAUUGUGGUAAGAAUAAACCUUACAGAAGUGAGAACUUCAAGGAAAAACUGUGCACAGUAUAUAACUUUAUUUAAAAUUUAUUGAGUUGAUGGUUGGUGGUAGAACAUCCAACAAACAGUACAUUUAUUUCUAGUGUGUUUAGGGUAAGAAAAACUAGGGACGUGCCUCCCAAAAGGUGGUCAGUACGUUUGAUUUCUGGGGCAGAAAGUUUAUUCUUAAGAGUAUGAUGUUGUAAGUAAUUUUAUUUAAAAGAAAAUUUUUCCAAAAUUAAGAAGUUGACCUAAAGUCCAAAGUACAUAAUUUCCCUGUCAUAGAGGUCAGAGUAACCAAAGUCUUCAGGUGUAUGAAUCAGAAUAUCCUAAUCAAAGACCUACUCCUAUAAUCAUUUUAUGUUGACGUAACUCCCUCUGAAAGAAAUCAAAGAUAAUUUUGCUCAAGUAGAGGUUUCUUAGGAUCAAGAUGUCAACAUUUCAUAAUGCUUAUGUAGAAUUCGGGGGGGGGGUUUCCGUUUGAAUGUGGACAGUAUAUCUUAUUUUGAAAGGAAGCUGCAGGAGAAAAACUUAAGAAAGCUACUUUUUGCCUAAUUUUUGCCUAAACAUUCUUCUGAUUAACGGUUUUUACGGGUAUUUUGCCUGCUGAUAGAUUUAUUUCAUGCUCCUGAAUGUCUUCACCUCAAAGAAAGUCACUUAAGUCUUCUUUAAAAAUAGCUUUUUAAAAAUUUGUAGUUUAAGUCAGUUUUACCGUAUUUUACAAUGCAGCAUGUAAAUUCAGCUCUAGCAUGCAUAGGAUUUUAAUAUUGUAAAUAACUGAAAAGUAACCACUGCGUUCAAGUUACAAUGCCAUUUCACUAUACAGCCCGAAUACGCGAAUGUGUACAUCCCCUAAAAAUCUAGGAGGCUGUUCCUCAUUGUAAUUUUAAGGCUUUCAUGAGCAAUUUUUAAGAAAUAAAGAAGUAGACUUUUGUGAAUUUUUUUUAAAAAAAGCUUCAAGUAUUAAAAUGCAUUUGUGAGUAGGGUUUGCCUUUUAAUGUCCAAGUAUAAAAGGGUCUUCAUAAAGUCCUUGCACAAUUUUUACGCUUUGAGCCUUAAUGAUUGAAUUCGUAAGUAUGAUAAAAAUAAUUAUUCGUUGAAUUUAAGACUAUCAAUGAUUGAGGUUUUUUUUUCCCCCACAUAACUGAACCUGACCUAAGUGUUUCAUGGCUAACAGAACUUGCUUUCUCAUCUACUUCAGCAAUUUUUUAUUUGUCACAGGUCUUGGAAUAAAUAUACAUGGUGCGUAAUUCCAUAAGUCCCAAGCUAGUGACUUUUUAAUACCGCUUAGAGGUUGAUCUUCUCAUGCCAAUAGCCUACACGAGGACUCUAUGAAGACUCUGGUUUUGCAAUACUCUAUUAGUGCUAUAAUGUGAACUGACAGUCUUUUUAUUAUUACAGCUUCUGUGAACAUUUAUUUUGGGGUGAUAAAUAAGAAUAUUCCAGUAAGUGAUGUUUCACUCUACCAUAUUUACUUACCUGUAAUAAGAGUGAAUUUUUCCCCCUUUAUAAUGUUAAAUUUUGAAAUCCAUUUGGACAUAUGGAUCAUUUCAAAGACAUUAUCACAAAUUUGUUCUUUUUUAUCAGUACAUGAGAAAUUUUUAAUACCUUCAAAAGAAUGUUUAGGUUAUAAAGUAUGAAAUUCAUACUAAUCAUCCCUAAGGAAAAAGCUGCCAAAACCAGUGUUAAAAACUCCACAGUCACACUGUGCCUGAAACAUUGAAAGGAAUACCAAAUCUAUGCAGUAUAUUUUUGUCAGGCUAGAAUUCAAGUGAUCUCAUUCUGAUUAUGGCCUAGACAAGUAGGUACCUGCACUAUAUUGAGAGGGCAUAAUCAUGCAUUUUAAACUCCCUACUCUGUUGGAUAUUGAAUUGCUUUGAAACAUUGUAAGUCGAGUUGGGACGGGGCAGUUGUAUCCCAUUAAUUGGGUCUGGUUUAUCUUCCUCAAAAUAAUUGAAGAUAAGUAGAUUACUUACGAAGAAAAACGUUCAAACUUGGUGGGAAAAAAAGUCACUGCCAGGAUUCUUUAACUUUCUUUGUUAUUUUGGAUAAUUAAAUUUAUUCACUCUCACACCAGCAAAUAUUUUACAGGGUGCCUUGGAUUAAAACAAAAUUUUAUUUAAAAUAUAUCAGUGUUUUUUGUCAUAAAGUCACUUUUUAAAGAAUGCAAUAACAUCAUGGUUGUUAACUCCUGAUUUAAUGUACCUUUUUCAUGUUUCAACCUUCCAGCUAUGUUUUAUUUAAUUUGAAAUUUUAAAGUAGUAAAACCAUACAAGUACACUGUAUAUUAUCUGUUGAAAGGGUCUAAUAACAUCUUCCCUGGUUCAGAACUAGUGGCAUAAUAUAACACUUCCAUCAUUGAUCCCAUGAGCUUUUGUGCACUGAUUGUUUUGUACGCAUAACUUCCUUAAUGCUCUUUUUUAAUAAGGAACAAUUGGUAUAUGUUGUUAGCCACCCAGAAUGUUUCCUGACUCCUGAGUCAGCUUAUUGAUGACCUUUAAGCUCACUGACAUUCAGCCCACUGUGUUAAAUUCCAUCCCAAACCUGCCUACCAGAAAGCUUCUUGCAUUUAAUGGUAGUCAUGGUUGUGUUGUUUUGCAUAAAAUUAAAGAUGACUUAACAACAAAAGCAAAAUACGGACAGGAGAAACUACUUGAAUAAGGGAUUACCUGGCAUAAUAUGUUACAAAGAUACAGUCUUGGGGGAAAAAAUGUAAUGGCGAAUAUUAAAAUACAGUGACUAGAUCUCCCUCACCAAAUGUUCAUUACAGGGACAUAGUUUAAAAAAAAAGUUAUAUUGGUGUUUAAAAAAAAAGAUUUGAUGUAAAAUCUAUACUUGCAACUUUUUAGAUUUGUGUGUUGCCUAUUUAAGAUAUCAGUUUUAUUGAUGUUGCUGUAAAGUUGAAAUUAUUUUCUAGCCACUGUCAAUUGGAUACUAUUUCUCAAGUUAUUUUGUUUUUUGACUAAUGUUACUUGAUGCUAGCUGGAAUUCAAGAAAAGACAUUAACCUUAUUCAAAUAAAGAAAUAUUUUAUUAAAAUUA